UCCCCAAUGAUUUUUACUCAUCUUUCAUUUUUUUUUUCCACGUCUCUACACCCUUUACUUACUCAACCUAAAUGAUAGCUGAAAAACUCUUCGCGAUGUAAAAUCAUGGAUCUUGAUGCGCAUGAUCCGGGUCUGCCUCUGCCCGCAGUCUCGCAGGUUAGCUCGCAUUUUGCCUUGCUGGAGCCUACGUCAGGCGCGACACUGUUUGAGCUCGAGACGGCAAGGCGCGAAGGGCUGAGACAUCGCGGCACGCUAAUGACCGGGUCCGCCGAGAUCGAUGAGGGGGUCUUGUUGGGUGGCUUUCAGCGCGGGCAGGUGGCGGGUGUUAGUGCUGAGGAAGCGGAGUUUGGGGUCCUGGUCGGGCUGCACACCGUAGCGCACGCUGCGGUCUUUGGCGUUGCGCGGAAAGCAACUAUUAUUACUACGCUGGCACCUGCGGCUAUCUUGCCUAUGUUGAGAGAUGUCAUCAAAGUGCAGGUCCAGGCUAAAUUUGGCCCGACUGCGGGACAUAGGCAGCAGGAGGUUAAUGGGGAGGUGAGGCGGUGUCUCGAGCUGAUCUCUGUCUCGAGGGUCUUUGAUGUCGAGGGCUUGUGGGAGGUGAUUGGCGAGAUUGAGACGCCCCCUUCUCCUAUUACUAACCCUUCGGUCGCGGUCGAUGAGGAGGAAGUUAAAGGGACUGAGGAGAGGGUAGAUGAAAUUUCUCCUAUGGAAGAACAACCAACUCUAGUAAGGUCGGGAACCCCAAGACUAGCUUCCCAAAGACCUGUCGUGAAAGAUGGGGGCGAGUUCAAAGCCAAGGCUGUUCUACCUUCUUUACGACCGCCGAAGAUGGAGAGAAUGGAGGUAGGAGACAGCGAGGAGGAUGAAGAUGAGGAGCUUAGUUCGCCCUCGCCAUCACCAUCCGCAAAGCCACCAUCUACAUCGCCUCAACCGCCCUCUUCAAAUCCACCUAUACCCCCGAUGCCUUUACCAUCUCCUCCUACAGCACAAGUUGCUUCGGCUCCAAUCAAGACACCAACAUCUACUGACAAACAGGAAGAAACCUCUCAUAUCCCGGAUAUAAUCAUAAUAACGCACUUUUCAUCAUUACUUACGAACCUCUUCACCCGCUCCGCCGACAACAGGACUAGCGCACACACCACCCUACAACUCCUCUCCUCGCAUUUACGGUACCUAUCCCGAUCGUCGGCCGGGCCACUCAUCAUGCUUCUCAACACUAUGUCCACGUCUUCCUCCUAUUCUUCGACCACAACUUCUGCUUCAACUAUAAACACAAAAAAUACAAAUGCUGCAUCAAGAGGAGUCGGAGCAGCACCUAAGAAUAAACAUAGAGAACCUACGCUUCGCUCGAUAUUUAAUCCCGGUCCGCCCGGAAAAGGGGGAGAGGAAGGAGUCAGAAGACAUGUAAAUACCAAACCCGCCUUUGGCGUCACCUUCGCGCAGUUCUUAGAUUUGCAUUUGCUGUGCACGCGCGUGCCGCGGACUCGAUCUGAUGCUGAGACCCUAUUCGCCCCGGGCGGAAAUACAUCUCUUAACGCGGGUGCGGGUGAAGUUAAGUACAGCUGGGUGGUUGAGGUGCUGCUAGAUGAGCUUGGGGUCUGGGAGUGGGAUGACAGCGACGGCGGAGAUAAGAAAGGAGGGAAUGACGUGAGAUGGACGAGGAGAAACCGGGAGCAGCGUUGGGGCGCGGUAGAUUUACGCUCGGGCGUGAGGCUUGUCGAUGUGUCGUUCCGGGAGACGCGGCCUCAGGGGCCUUUGAGGCUUGCUGCUGGGUUUGGGGGACCGCAUCCGAGGGGUUUGUGAUGUUUGGAUGUUGUGUUAUGAUGCGGCACGGUACGGCUUGGUGAUGUGAUAUUCUUUUGGUGCCUAUGGCGCUCUACCAAGAUGAGCUCAAGAUACUUGGCUGUUUCAUGUGACACUCAACGCCGUUACUAAUCGAUCCCGAAUGCAAGUCUUAGGCUAUAACAAGCAAGGCUUCACUCAAACACGAUGAUACAUGAAU